CGCCGGCACUCCCUCUCAGCGCCGCUUGAGGAGCGCGCCUGUGUGGUCUCGCGAUCACCCUUUCAACAUCGUAGGCCUACAACACGGUGCUCAGGCGAUAACGAGACUGGCAAGUGUAUCAGGUGCCGCCAAAGGGAAAAGGUUCGCGCGCAGUCGACUCGCCUCGGGCACUGUACGCAGCUCGGCACACGGUACAGCCAUGAAAAAUCUCGAAGCUUUGACGAUGCUGUUUCUCGCUGUUCUCUUUUCAGCAGGGUUUGCCUACAGAAACCAGAAUACUUGCGAAGUGCAAGACAUCCUCAGCUGUUACAGUGAACUCCGCAAGAAGAUAACUAGUGCGGUGGGCUUUCUACCAUUGCCAGAACACGACGAUGCCCAGAGUUCGUACACACGAUUUUGCAAAAGGAUCUUUCUAGAAAAGUCUUCAUGCUAUAACAGUACGAGUUCCUUGACAAGUUGUAGAAGCUAUGCGGAAGCGACGGUCAGAGAAUCCAUGUACCACUUCCUGUGGCACACCGUAUGUGGUGAAGAACUGCAAAGUUGGAAGCGAUUCCGGGAGAUUCUGGGGAACACCGAAGACGGCAGAUGCGAUAGGGCCCUUCAGCUCUUGGAUAAAAUAGCAAACGAUGAUGACUGCAGGAACUUUGAAGACCCUUUCAAAGGUUGCAUGAACUCUGUCGCAGAGAAAAUACAUGUUCCAUCUCACUUCAUGCCAGAUGCGAUGCGCCUUCUAGGAUGUCUGGAUGGCCGAAGUGAAGUGGCCAUCGAAAUGAGUGAAGUGAAAGACCCCACGGCCAGCUCAUCAGAACCUGAGAGGGAGCGUAGCAUCCAAGUCUGCGAAGCAGCAAAGGUGGCCGAGUGCCUCACCCGCCCGUUCAAGGCCGCGACCAACGGUGGGUGGUCACUGUUCACCAACGACAGUCGGAUUUCUCUUCCGCUCAACGAUGUCAUCACAAAGCUGUGUCGGAACGGUGAGUGGUCCAAGUCUUGCCUAAGGAGCCUCGACAUGAGAUUUUGCACGGCAACAGAAAAGAAUGGCUGGGAUCGCUUGGCUGGAGCGUACGACCACGCAAUGUCUAUGCUCUGUGACAACGCCGGAAAAGUUUUAACUGAUUUGAUAAAAUCAGCCCACUGCUGGGACAUACCCGGAUUUGCACAGUGCGCGGAGAGCGCAGACAUAAUGAAUAUCGAGAAAAAAUUUUUCGCACCCGACUGGACUUCAGGAGACUGCAGGAAAUUGGAAAACUCAGUGACAGCCUGUAUCCAAAAAAGUGUGAUAGGAGGAAAAAACUGUUCUUCAACUUAUGCUUUCGAGGCUAAGGAGAUAAUCUCAGCCUACCUUAGGAAGCUGAACUGUGAAUCAAGUACGAACGCUAUCAGUGCUACGACACCAACCAGUAUUUGUGUUAUGUUUUGGAUGUUUCUUGUUAACUUCAAGUAAAAACAAUUUUUAGAAGUU